UUUUCAACUCGUUUUCACGACUCGAACCGGUGGACUUGAGAAUGAGAACGGAAAAUAAGAAUCGCGGCUUUUCUUGACAUCUUAUAUAUAUAUAUAUAUAUAUCCACAUAUAUAUAUUAUCGAGCUCUUAUUCCUUUAACCUUUUUCGAGAUUCCUCUUUGCGCCGCCAAAUUCAGCUCCACACAACGCCGCUCGCUCACUCAUCCGUAAGGGACACAACCAACGUCCGCCGUUUGAAGCUGACCACCAUGGGUUGUAUUCCAUCCACAUAACACCCAAAAAUGCAAUAAAGUCUCCUGUUGUAUUAUUCAUUAAUAAUAGUCAAGAGGGGUGCUCAAACUCGGCGUCAAAAUGGGCGUCAUCGCAACGGUGGCUACUGUGGUGUUGGCCAUCUCAUUCAUGGUCUUUGUCACCUUUUUUGGCCGACUACCAGCACUCAGAGGCACACCAAUAUCGUGGCUUCACAAAGUAAUAUGGGUCCACUUCCCGAACCUCCUCAAAUCCAUCGACCGCCGUGUCACCGGCGGCCGAAUCUCCCCAGCUUGUGUCCGCUUCGGGAAUUACAUGAUGUACGACCGACAUCCAUCUGUCCUGAUAUUCUUCCUCCUCCUCCUCUCCAUAGGCGAAAUCCUCUACCUCCCCACCGCCUGGCCUCAACUCACCCCCCUCGUCAAACUCACCGGCACCGUCUCCAUCAUCCUCCCUUACCUCUUCCUCUAUCUCGCCGCCUUCACCGACCCAGGGUACAUCACCCCCGCCAACCACCCCCAGGAGAUGUCCCGCUACCCCUACGACUUCACCCUCUUCCACCCAGGCAACGAAUGCCACACCUGCCACCUCCUCAAACCAGCCCGAAGCAAGCACUGCUCCGUCUGCAAGCGCUGCAUAGCCAAAAACGACCACCACUGCAUCUUCAUCAACAACUGCGUCGGGGCCAACAACCAGCACUGGUUCAUCUUGCUUCUUCUCUCCACAGCCGUGCUGACGGCGUACGGCGGUAUUCUGGGCGUCUAUCUCAUGGCCAAAAGAAUGAACUUUUUCUUUCCCUACUGGGCGUUGUUGCCUUGGAACGCCAAUAAAGGGGAGGGCAUGCCGCUGAAAGACUGGCUCGUCAUCUGGUCGUGGGGUUUCCAGAACCAGGUCGGCAUGGGGGCGGUUACCUUGCUGGCGGGGCUGACGUCACCGUUGGUUUGGGGACUAUUGGGGUAUCACGCCUGGCUUGUCUAUUGCGGGACGACCACGAACGAGAGUAUGAAGUGGAGCGAUUGGAGUUAUGAGAUGAGGGAGGGGUUUGCGUACAAGAGGAAGAUGCACGGGCAGAGGCAGAAGGACCUGAAGGUCGAACCGGCGUGGACGAGGUGGCCGGCGGAGACGGAGCAGGUUUUGGUCAGGACCGAGAGCGGGCAGUGUCCGGCGGAGGAUGACCAGACGCUGCCCGGGUAUGGGCCGUGGGAGGCGGUUUGGGGGUUGAAGGAUGUGGAGAAUUUGUAUGACAUCGGGUUUUGGGAUAAUUUGGUGGAUGUCUUGGUGCCGGGGUAUAAUUUUCGCGAUGAGCCGAGUGGGAAGAGACAGAGGGGUGGGCUGAGGCAGAGGAAGAAGAGGAGGGCGAGGAGGAUAUACUUGGCUUGAGACGGGCUGGUGGUGGUUUGCAUAGCGCCGGUUGAGUAGCUAAGCUCCUGGGGGUUAAAAUUUCUUGAUGCAUAAUUCCCUGGGUAUCAAAUCUACAUCUAUCCCGAACUCUCAUGCACACACCCACAUAUGAUAAUACUACAGUACAUAAUAAAU